AUGGAAAUGAUCCAAGACCCUGAGGAAAUUAUAGUCAAAUUUGGGAAUGAGGCAAAUCAACCUGAGAUAAUAUCUGGACUACAGGACCUGGCUAAAUUACAUGCUAUUUCUAUAGAGGAUUUAUAUAUCAAAUGGGAACAAUUUGCCUGCCAGAAGCCGCAUGUUUUGACCAGGGUGACUGCAAAAAGUCUCGAUCCAUUCAAGCGCUUCCUACAAGAGGAAAUAGAGAAACGUGCAAACUCUUCAGUGGGCAAUGUAUCAAACAACAUUAAUCAUUUAUCAGGCACAAAGAGACCAAAAAUGCUGAAGGGAAUUAAUAAUAAUUCUUCAUUAUUUGGGUUUAACAUAUCUAAAACUCCAAUAUCGGGCAAAAAGAGAAAAUUAGGAGCUUUCAACGAUGCCCAUAAUAGUGACGGUUCUAUUAAACUAGAAUUUCAUGUUGAUGAUGUGAAUUCCACACCUAAAUCGAAGAGUGAAAUGAAUACCAUUUCUAUCAAAUCUGAAUCGAGCGUUGGUAUACCUCUAACAAAUACUAUAUAUUCAUCUGACAAAACGGGUAAAAUUUUGGACUCUUUGAACCCAGAAAAUAUGGAUAUAUCUGAAGGCUUUACACUUCAAGAUGACGAUACCAUUGAUACACAUGUCAGAAUUCAACUAUUAAACGACCCCGAAAAGUACAAGUUUAGAACCAUGAGACAAAAGCUUAUUGAAUGUUCUGAUGUAUUGGAUGAGCAAAUUGAGUUAUUUACUAAAUUUGCUAAAGAACAUUUAAAUAUUCCAGAUACUGAAUUUGGUGACCCAACUAUUCAAUCACAAGCGGAUGUAUAUGCUAUUGGAAGAAUCGUACCAGACUCACCCCAAUAUGACGGAUUUUUAAAUACUGAGUCUCUAGCGUUCGAAACUUCUAGAUUGAACGGUAUUGGUAGAAGAAUUCGUCUAAAUCUUGAACAAGUCGAAGAAGUUUCUUUGUUCUGUGGUCAAAUCGCUUUGUUAAAGGGGAAAAAUGCAAAUGGAGAUUACUUCUUGGUAGACAAGAUUCUAGAUAUUCCCUAUCCUGAUUUCCCACUGAGCUCCUCUGAUGAACUUUCGGAAUACUCUGAUUUAUUAAAUAAAAAAUCUUCUAAGGUUAUCGUUACUAGUGGACCAUAUAUUCCAGAAAAUAAUUUUGAUUUAAGUUACCUAACGAAAUUUGUUGAAAAAAUAAAUAUUGAUAUCAGGCCACAUAUUUUAAUUAUGGCUGGCCCAUUUAUUGAUACUACUAAUUCUAUGGUUAUGUCAGGUAAUCUACCACAUUUUGACAAUUUAAAGAUUCAACCAACUACACUGAACGAAUUAUUUGUAAAAUUAAUUUCCCCAAUUUUGAAAAAAAUCAACCCUUCAAUUCAGGUAAUACUAACACCUUCAACUAGAGAUGUUAUGUCGACACAUGCAUCAUAUCCUCAAGAAUCCUUCGAUAGAAAGGCUUUACAAUUACCUAAAAAUUUCAAAUGUUUUACGAACCCCUCUACGUUUCAACUCAAUGAAACAUACUUCGGUAACUCUAACUUAGAUAUAUUUAAGGAUAUGAAAGAGGUUACAAAAGGUGGAAAAACUACAAUGUCAAAUAGAUUUGACAGGGUCGCGGAACAUGUAUUACAACAACGUCGUUAUUACCCUCAAUUCCCUGGUUCCAUUAAGAAGAUGACAAUUGCUAAACCCAAAUCAGAGGAUAGCAGAAGUGCAGAUUCUAAAAUCUACAAACACAUUUCAGGUGCGGAUCUUGAGGUAGCAUACCUAGGUUUGACGGAAUUUGUUAGUAACAUUUCUCCUGAUAUAAUAAUCAUCCCUAGUGAAUUACUCCCAUUUGCAAGGGUAGUAAAGAAUGUGAUUAUGAUAAAUCCUGGUAAAUUUGUCAAACCGAAUGGAGCUAAUGGUACAUAUGCUCAAAUUUCGAUAAAAAGUCCUGAUGUGAAAGAUGGUUCGUUAACCGAAAUACCCGGAGAAGAAAGCUUAUAUCUCCAUAAUGUUUGGAAGAGAUCGAGAGUUGACGUUGUGACAAAUUGA